AUGUCGAACCCUACACCAGCCCAGGAAGAAUUCAAUGCUCUGCUAGCAGCAAACUCCCGUGACACCAGCAAAGUACAUCCCGAAGACCGAGACCACGACCGUCGCGAACAGGACAGCCUUGACCUCGACGAGGAAGAGAGAUAUCGCAACUCCCAAAUCGACGCCGCCAUGCGUAUGCCAUCUCUUGGUCAGACCGGCUCCGACCUGAAGCUGCCUCCAGCUAGCUUCGAUGCCGGUCGUACCACUGGUGUUAAGGGCGUCAUCGCCGAUGCUCGCAACUACGAGAACGCUCGCAAGACUUCUUUCAUGAGCCGCGCGCGCACUACAGUGAGGCGCUCCAUCUUCGGCCUCGACAACAUCAACUCCCAGCCGCCACCAUCAAACAAGAGCGAAAGCGAGACGGAUGAGGGCAACGGCAGCGACUCUGACGACAGUUUCAUGCAGCAAUGGCGCGAGAGCCGCCGAAGAGAACUCGAGAGCGACUCCAACAAGGUUAUUCGGAACCGGAGAACAAGUCCUAGUGUGCGAAUUUACGGACGUCUGGAUGAGGUUGAUGCCUUGGGCUACCUCGAUGCCAUCGAGAAGGUUGCGCGGGACACUGUUGUUGUCGUCUUCGUCUAUGACCCAGAGUGUGACGUUUCUGCGACAAUAGAGCAUGCCAUGAUGCCUCUUGUAUCGCAGCACUCAACAAUACACUUUGUCAAGGUACACUAUCUUGACAUUGAGUUCGACAACGCCGCUGUGCCUGCGAUUUUGGCGUACCGCAACCAGGGUGACAUGAUUGCCAACCUCACAGGCAUCAUUGAAAUGAUCCCGGACGACGAAAUGUUUGGUACCGACACGCUGGCACGGCUUUUCCAGAAGCACGACAUCCUAUGA